GCCAGUAUAUAACUACUUAAAUCACAGAGUACAUAUUAAUCAUUCGCUUAAACACAACUUGAUGAUUGACAAUUGAAGUGAGUUACAAGUUGUAGUUAGUUCAUCUAGCCGAUUUUGAUUUACAAGAGAUUAAAAUACUCUCUAAAAAAAUGGCACAACCUAAAGCUGAUAUUGCCUUGAUUGGAUUAGCUGUGAUGGGUCAAAAUUUGAUUCUGAAUAUGGACUCUAAAGGAUUCGUAGUUUGCGCCUUUAAUAGAACAGUGGAAAAGGUCGACCAAUUCCUUGCAAAUGAAGCAAAGGGUACAAAAAUCAUUGGUGCAAAAUCUUUGGAAGAUAUGGUAGCAAAACUAAAAAAGCCGAGAAAAGUUAUGUUGUUAGUUAAAGCUGGAUUUGCUGUGGAUGAAUUUGUAAAGAAAUUACUGCCCUUACUGGAGAAAGGAGACAUUAUUAUUGAUGGGGGUAACUCGCAGUACACAGAUACUCAACGCUGGUGUAAAGAAUUAGCAUCAACUGGCAUACAUUACAUUGGCAUGGGGGUUAGUGGUGGUGAGGAUGGCGCUCGCUAUGGACCUUCACUCAUGCCCGGAGGUCACCCGGCAGCUUGGCCGCAUGUGAAACCAAUUUUCCAGGCAAUAAGUGCAAAAGCGAAUGGGGAGCCAUGCUGUGACUGGGUGGGCGAAGAUGGUGCCGGUCACUUUGUUAAGAUGGUACAUAAUGGUAUAGAAUACGGAGACAUGCAGCUCAUAUGUGAAGCUUACCAUCUUAUGAAGGAUGUUCUUGGUAUGGAGCAGGACGAGAUGGCUAAAGUAUUUGAUGAUUGGAAUAAAGGAGAAUUGGAUUCAUUCCUCAUUGAGAUUACUCGUGAUAUUCUGAAAUUCAAGGAUGCAGAUGGAAAAUAUCUACUGCCAAAGAUUCGCGAUUCCGCUGGUCAGAAGGGUACAGGAAAAUGGACAGGAAUCAGUGCUUUGGAGUAUGGAGUGCCGGUGACACUAAUUGGUGAAGCUGUAUUUGCUCGCUGUCUCUCUGCUUUGAAAGAGGAACGAGUUACUGCGAGUAAAAGCUUGCCGGGUUCCACUCUCAAGUUCAGUGGUGACAAGAAACAGUUCCUCGAGCACCUGCGUAUGGCUCUGUUCGCCAGCAAGAUAAUAUCUUACGCGCAAGGCUUCAUGCUCCUCAGAGAGGCUGCUAAGGAUAACAAAUGGAAUUUGAACUAUGGAAGCAUAGCUCUCAUGUGGCGUGGAGGUUGUAUCAUUAGAAGUGUAUUCCUCGGCAAUAUUAAGGAGGCGUACACGAAGAAUCCUCAACUGACUAAUCUGCUGCUAGACCCUUACUUCUGCGAGCGCAUUAGCAGCUGUCAGCCGUCCCUGCGUCAGGUCGUGGCUCAGGCGGCUUUGCUCGGAGUGCCCGUUCCCGCUUUUAGCGCUGCACUCGCUUUCUAUGACGGAUACCGUGCCAAUAUGUUGCCGGCUAAUCUAUUGCAGGCGCAAAGGGACUAUUUUGGCGCUCAUACUUAUGAGCUGUUGACUAAGCCCGGAAACUUCAUUCAUACCAAUUGGACUGGCCAUGGCGGAAAUGUCUCUGCCUCUACUUAUAAUAAGUAAUUUUUGUAUUCCAGAUCUGUAUUUGUCUCAAAAAACUUGUGAUAUAAUAAAAUCAAUGUUAAAAAUCAAAAAUAAUUUAAAAUUUUUUAAAAUUUAUUAACACUGGUUUUUAAACUAAUUUAUAUCUUUUAAAUAUUUAUGUAUGGUUACCACAAUUAACUCGGUGGCCUUUUAUAAUCCUAGAUUUUGGUAAUUAAAAUAGAAACAACGUGUAUUUGUUGUUAUUUUUUAUUUAUAGCACCGUUUUAGCACAAUUAAAUUUAUUAUGUUUUAAAUGAUAUGCAAAUUACAAAAUGUGGUUUACAUUUCACUAAAAAAAUGUACUUUGGCCCUUUUGGCACCAGGCCACCGAAUUAUAUCCAAUAUUGCAUUCCUUGAUAGUUGUUCGAUAAUAUGUAUUUAUAAGAUUUUAUACUUUUCUAAAUAAACUGUAAUUUGAUGACAUCAUUAUUGAUGUUUUAAUUACUUUAUGAAUAGAUGUUUUUUGUAAUGUUGAUGAGUAUAAAAAUGAUGUUUAAUAUUUUUUUUUAAUGUUUACUAUUUAUUUGAUAGUUGCUAUUUGGGUGGAUGGGCUUAGAGAAGUGAUAUUUUGUUUGUUACUUGUAUUUUUAAUAUGAUGGGAACAAUUUUAUAAUUACAAUGUUAAGCAAUACUGUAGAGAAGAAGAAUAAAUGGGUGCUUUUUAAAA